CUUGAGUUCUGUUUUCUUUGGUGAGGGGAGGGGAGUUAAGUUGUGGUAUCCAUGGUUUCUUACUUUACUUCCCAUCUAUAACAUCGUAAAUACUUGCUAAGUAUGGCCGAUUUUAGAGUUACAAGAGUAGAACAGGGUCAGACCAAGAUCAGAAGCGUGCCCAUUGCUGUAACACCAGAAGGAUUUUGGUGCUGUCCCUCUCCAGUAGUGUUUCAAAAAACCCUUAAAGCUCAAAAUCCUCAGACCAAACCAAAACCCACCCCUCCUCCACCCAAAGACCCUGUUCAGAAGAACCAAACAUCCAUGACUGAGAGAAACCUGGCUUCCAACCCAUCAAGAAUGAGAUUUGUUUCUGAUGAUCAAAGAUCUUUAAUCCUUGAUAAUUCUGGUCUUAAUCCAUCUGUGGUUACUGAGAGAACACCAAAACCCAAUGUUGAGAAUUUGCAGCGGAAGCUGGCUAUUGAGUUUGGAGAACCUGGAACCAGUGAUCUGAAGGUGGUUUUAUCUGGUAAACCGGGUUUUUCCGUGAAGAUGAGUGUUCAUAAGUAUGUGUUAAUUGAAAAUAGCAGCUUCUUUGCUGAAAAGCUCUCUGAACAACAGUCUCCUUUGUGCCGUCUUGAAAUUGAUGAUUGUGAAGAUGUGGAGAGUUAUGUGGAAGUCGUGGGAUUGAUGUAUUGCAAAGAAAUGAAGCAAAGGUUGAUCAAACAAAGUGUUUCACGGGUGCUCCGUAUUCUCAAGGUUUCUGAAUUGAUUGGGUACAACUCAUGCAUGCAGUCAUGUUUGGAAUACCUAGAAGCAGUCCCUUGGGUUGGGGAAGAAGAAGAGAAGGUGGUCUCAUCGGUCCUACGCCUCCAGGGUGAAAGUGUAGGAGUUGCACCAGUAUUGAAGCGGGUGACUUCUGAUGUCCCUAACCCUCCCACUGACACACUUCUCCAUAUAAUGGAACUAGUCCUCAAGAGCAAUGAGGAGAGAGGCCGCCGUGAGAUGAAAACCUUGGUACUUGGGCUCCUGAGGGAGAAUAACAAACUUUCUGUCAAUGGCUCACAUGAUAUCUGCAAUGAAAAUGCAUACAACUUGUGCAGAAACUGUUUCGAUGCACUGUUGCUUUUGUUCAGGCAAGCUGCAGAACCAGGAUUUAAUGAUAAUUCUAUGGAUAGCAAAGGUCCAUUGGCAAAGCAGAUAACUCUAGAAGCUGAUAACCUCCUAUGGUUGCUUGAGAUUCUAUCUGAGAGACGAGCAGCAGAUGAGCUUGUGCUGAUGUGGGCAAGCCAGCAAGAGUUGGCGACACUUCACUCAAGGCUGCCAACAGUGUCUCGCCACCUUGUUAGCUGCAUAACAGCAAGGUUAUUCGUUGGAAUAGGAAAAGGGGAGAUACUUCCAUCAAAGGAUACACGACUACUAUUAUUACAAACAUGGUUACAGCCAUUGAUUGAUGACUACAGGUGGUUGCAGUAUGGUUGCAAAUCAUUUGAUCGAAAGGUGGUGGAGGAAGGAAUCAGUCGGACUAUACUGACACUGCCACUGGAAGAUCAGCAGAGCAUUUUACUUGCAUGGUUGGGUAAUUUCUUGAAGGUAGGUGAUAAUUGCCCAAAUCUCCAUAAAGCCUUUGAAAUCUGGUGGAGGAGAACUUUUACUAGGCCUUAUGUGGAACUGCAGGGAAAUCAACUCUAGUCAGAAAGCUUCAUGACUUCCA